AUGCCCGCGGCGGACGACAGCGUGUUGCCUGGUCACGUCGUGCGCCAGCUCAAGCGCGACGGACUCGCUGCCUGCCAUGCUGUCCUCGCCAACCUUAGCGCGCUCGAGGCCGCGCCGCUGUACGCCAAGCACCUCGACCCGACGAGCCUCCGCCGCAUGGAGCUUCGUCGCGGCCUCGACACCAUCGACACGGACCUCAGCACGAUGCUCGGGCGCACCACGCUCGCCGCGUCCCUCGAUGAGAUUGCCGCGCACCUGCCUACGUGCAAAGGUGGUUACUUGAGUUCCGACGCCGUGCAGUACGAACAGCUCGCGCGGCUAGGAGGCCCGACGCGGGACAAGCCGUGGCAGUCGACGGUGGUCGCAUGGCUUGGCAUCGGCACCUCCGACUACUGCGUCGUCGAGACCCAGCUCGGUUUUACGGGCGCCAGUGCCCAGCGCGGCUUGCUGCGCGUUGUGCAAUCCGUAGAGCUGCCGCACAACGUGUGCCUGCCUCGGCGCGGCUUCAACCGAAGGUCCUUUUUCCGGGUCGGCCAUAUCUUUUUGGAGCCGCCGCCGUCCAAAGCCUACUGCGGCGGCACAACGGUCGACGCGUUCGCGAUCGUCGUGGCUCCGAUCGCCGAUUUGGAUCUUGCGCUUGCGCGGCGCCAGAUCACGUCGCUCAUGGCCUUGACGGGCUACUUUCAGCGACAGCGCCUGACCAAAGCCGCGGUGGCCCUCGCCAAUUGGCGCCGGUCCCCAAGCUACAGCCCGCGCUGGGUCGAGCCCAAGGCACAUGCCAAGCACUGCGCCGUAUGUCAACGCCGGUUUCACCCGCUGCGACCCAAGACGCACUGCGAGCUCGACGGGCGCGUCGUGUGCUUUGGCUGCUCGGCCAAGUGGAUGCUUCUUCCGAGCCCAGGGGCCCGCCCGAUCCGCAUCCGCAUCUGCGACGACUGCGUCCAAGCGGCGGUGACCAAAGGCCCGCUGAGCGUCGGCCCCAAGCCCAUAGCGCCGGGCAGCCCCGAGAACUCGAGCCGGCUACUGCCGACGCUGUCCAGCCUCACGGGAAGCCGCCUCGACACGACGACGACACGGACGCCACCGCGCAUGGUGCCAGAGAUGCCCCUCUUGGGCGACAUUGACGAGGACCAUUAG